CCCGUCUCGUUCCAUGUGAGUUUAUCAACAACGUGAUGGCAGCCCACGUUUAAUGCAAAGGUUCGUUUUUGGGCAAUUUUAGGAAGCGUAUCGAACAAUACAAGGAAAAACAAAUACAAAUAAAAUAUGGCAACUGUCCGCAAGAAGGUUGACAACCGCAUUCGUGUCCAGAUUGAGAAUGGAGUUGCCCUGCAGCACCGCACCAUGUUUGUGGUGGUGGGAGAUCGCGGAAGAGAUCAGGUGGUCAUUCUGCAUCACAUGCUGUCCAAAGCAAGCGUCCGAGCACGACCGUCUGUUCUGUGGUGCUAUAAGAAAGACCUUGGCUUCAGCAGCAAUCGCAAGAAACGUAUGAAGCAGCUGCAGAAGAAAAUAAAAACGGGGACAUUGAAUCUGAAUCAGGAUGACCCCUUUGAGCUCUUCGUCGCUGCCACUAACAUUCGCUACUGUUACUACAAUGAGACUCACAAGAUACUGGGAAACACUUUUGGCAUGUGUGUUUUACAGGACUUUGAAGCCCUCACUCCCAACCUCUUAGCCAGAACUGUUGAGACAGUUGAAGGCGGAGGUAUUGUGGUCAUACUGUUACGGACAGUGAACUCCCUCAAGCAGCUGUACACAAUGACCAUGGACGUGCACGCUCGCUACAGAACGGAGGCUCAUCAGGAUGUGGUUGGAAGGUUCAAUGAGAGGUUCAUCCUGUCCCUUGCCUCUUGCAAGAACUGUGUUGUCAUCGACGACCAACUCAACAUCCUGCCCAUCUCCAGCCACAUGGCCAACAUCAAGCCAGUGCCGCCAAAGACGCAGGAUGAUGGGUUGUCUCCAAAAGAACAGGAGCUGAAGGACCUCAAGGAGACUCUCCAGGACACUCAGCCAGUAGGCGUGUUGGUGGAUAACUGCAGGACCAUGGACCAGGCCAAAGCCGUGCUAAAGUUCAUCGAAGCCAUCUCUGAGAAGACCCUGAGAAGCACCGUGACUCUGACGGCUGCUCGUGGCCGAGGCAAAUCUGCCGCAUUGGGGCUGGCCGUCGCAGGAGCUGUGGCCUUUGGCUACUCCAACAUCUUUGUAACAUCCCCAAGCCCAGACAAUCUGCACACCAUGUUCGAGUUCAUCUUUAAAGGCUUCGAUGCGCUUCAGUAUCAGGAGCAUUUGGACUAUGAGAUCAUACAGUCGCUGAAUCCGGAGUUCAACAAAGCGGUCGUGAGGGUGAACAUCUUUAAAGAGCACAGGCAGACCAUUCAGUAUAUCCAUCCGGGUGAUGCUGUCAAACUGGGCCAGGCUGAACUUCUGGUGAUGGAUGAGGCUGCAGCCAUCCCAUUACCUCUAGUCAAGAACCUGCUCGGACCUUAUCUGGUUUUCAUGGCCUCCACCAUCAAUGGCUAUGAAGGCACCGGUCGCUCCCUCUCCCUCAAACUGAUUCAACAGUUGAGGCAGCAGAGCGCAGACAGCCAACAGAAGAUGUCAGCCGAGAACAGGAGCAUCAGCACAGCCAGGCUAGCAGCAGCUCGCACGCUCCAUGAAGUAAGCCUGCACGAGUCCAUUAGGUACGCACCGGGUGACGCGGUGGAGAAGUGGCUCAAUGAGCUGCUCUGCCUGGACUGCUUGAACAUUCCUAGGCUCAUCUCUGGUUGUCCUCUCCCACAAAAUUGUGACCUAUAUUAUGUGAACAGAGACACACUGUUUUGCUACCACAAGGCAUCUGAGGCCUUCCUGCAGAGGCUGAUGGCCCUCUAUGUGGCAUCCCACUACAAGAAUUCGCCCAACGACUUGCAGAUGUUGUCCGACGCACCGGCCCAUCACCUUUUCUGUCUUCUCCCGCCCGUUCCCCCCACACAGAACUCGCUGCCUGAGGUCCUUGCUGUGGUGCAGGUGUCUCUGGAGGGCGAAAUAUCCCGACAGUCCAUCCUCAACAGCCUUUCUAGAGGGAAGAAAGCCUCAGGUGACCUCAUUCCAUGGACUGUGUCAGAACAGUUCCAAGAUCCAGAGUUCGGUGGCCUGUCUGGAGGCAGAGUGGUGCGGAUCGCCGUAAAUCCAGACUAUCAAGGGAUGGGCUAUGGUUCGCGAGUGCUUCAGCUGCUCCAGAUGUACUAUGAGGGCAAGUUCCCCACCAUGGAUGAGAGCACAGACCCCCAGCACAAUGAAAUCACUACAGUCAGCAGUGAGGCCGUCACGCUCCUGGAGGAGGUGGUGACGCCUCGCAAGGAGCUCCCGCCGCUGCUGCUGAAGCUGAGCGAGAGGCGAGCGGAGCGACUGGACUAUUUAGGGGUCUCCUACGGACUCACGGCUCAGCUGCUUAAAUUCUGGAAGAAAGCAGGUUAUACUCCAGUCUACUUGAGACAGACACCUAAUGACCUGACUGGCGAGCACUCGUGUGUGAUGGUGAAGGAGCUGAUCAGUGAGGAGGAGCAGAGCCAGUGGUUGUCUGCAUUUUGGAAAGAUUUCCGCAGGCGCUUCAUGUCCCUACUCUCCUACCAGUUCAGCAGCUUCCCCCCGAGCCUGGCGCUCAGCAUCCUGCAGAACAAGAGCGCCAAGGAGGCCGUGAGCGCUCUGAGCGCCUCCGAGCUGGCGGUCCACUUCAGCCCGUACGACCUCAAGCGUCUGGAGUUGUACUCUCGCAGCAUGGUGGACUACCACCUCAUCAUGGACCUCGUCCCGACCGUGGCGCGCUUGUUCUUCCUCAAGCGGCUGGGUGACGUGUCGCUGUCAGCGGCGCAGUGUGCAACGCUGUUGGGCAUCGGACUGCAACACAAAUCGGUGGAGCGGUUGGAAAAGGAGUUGGACCUUCCGAGCUCGCAACUCAUGGGCCUCUUCAACCGCCUCGCGCGCAAAUUUGUGCAAGUUUUUACCAAUAUCCAAGAAAAGGCCAUCGAAGCAGAGAUGGCAACAACAAAAGAGGUCACCAUGGAGCCCACUGUCCGAAGCCUUCAUGAUGAUCUGAACGAGGCAGCGAGGGAGUUUGAGGAGAAACACAAGCGGGAUAAAGAGAAAGUGAUGGACCUUGACUUAGAAGAGUACAAGAUCCGCGGACAUGAUGAGGAAUGGAAUGAGGUGCUGAAGAAAGCUGGGAACACGGCGCUGGUCAGCAUUAGAAGUGACAAUAAGAGGAAACUUGAUGCGGGAAACGCUGUGGCGAGCAAUGGAGGUCUUCAGCACGGAAAGCAGAAGAAGAAGGACAUGCAGCACGGAAAGUUCAAGAAGGACAAACGUGGCAAAUUUGGAAAGAAGGUGCUUAAGUGAAUAUGUGAUGUAGUUACUUUUUUGUAAUGGACAGAAAAGCGCUUGGCUUUUUUUUUGUUUUUAAUCACAAUAAUUGUGCCAAAUAUAGAAGUGUAUAAGCAUGUCUUCAGUGUCAUCACUUGUUUAAAAUUGUGCACCUCAGUGCAAGAGUGUCAAACAAAACAGUGUCGAGUGUUUUCACUUUUUGUAAUGUUAUGAUUGCUACAAAGAUGUAAAAGUAAAAAUGUAGUCGUUUUCCCUUUUCUAUGAAGUGAGGUAAGCGGUUGGACGACGCUAGGCUAAACCUGUCAUUUGAGCAGAUGAGGCUCUAACUGAGUCCACUUUUGCUUGAGCUGCUGCUUCACGGCGUCAGCCGCAAAGAUGAAGUCGAUGGCCUGCCGGGAGAGCGUCCACAAGGCCUCGCGACCCAGACCGAACGUGGACGCCGCCAGCUGGUAUUCCUGAGACAAGUCUGUACUGAACACGCCUUUAUCGUCAGUCUGCAGGAGGACAAGGAAUGAAAAAAACAUAUGCAGCAAAAUAUUUUGGAUAUUUGUUUUAAGAAAAUGUUUAUGCCCUGUGCUCCUAGGAAAUCCAGUUCAAAUCUGAUUUGAAGAUUACACUUGCUACUAGUAUGUUAGCAUCCCCUCCCCACCCCUUGCUCUUACUCCUUUCUCUGAGUGGCGUGCAUACACUCACAGCCAACAAUGAGGCGCUCUGUGGCAAAGCCGGUUCGCUUACUAGGUGACAAAUCGGACUUAUUUGAAUGUAAAAAAAAAAAAUGAAAAAAAAUUCCAAUGCAAAUGUACAAAGUGGUAUUAGGUCUACAAGGGAAAAAAAUAGUUGUAAAGAGUUGUAUUUUUUCAGUUUAGGGAAAGCAUCAAUAAAGUUGUAUUUUUAGAUUUGGGGAAAACGUCUAUGACAAAAAGGUAGAAAUGAAAACUAAAGAAAAAAAUUGUAAAUGUGAAUUUUCCCACACAGAUGUAAACGGUAUCUAGGUCAUAUGACAUUUCCACAAAAAUUUU